ACUCAUCACCAUUACAUGCUUUUUAUUCGAGGACGUCAUUUAAAAAAGCAAUCCUCCCGCGCUAGCAGUUACGUAGUUAAGUUAGUGAAUUUUUUUUUUCAUUUUGGAGACGGUGGUAAAACCUCUAGUGAAAAUGACAGCUUUGAUCAAAGUAAAGUUCCAUUUCAAGGAUUUUUCUAGAUAUUUUGAAUUUUGAUUUUCACCAUGACAACCUUUUGCGGUUUUGCCUAUGUUCGUCUGCUAGUUAACAAUCUGACAACUGACAAUGCAUGUAUUUGAAUUGCGUUGAACUUUUUUUAGGCGAUUGUGGAUCGUGUAAAAAUGUGACAGAGGAUGGCGGGAUAUUUGAAUCUCCGAAUUUCCCGGACGAAUACAGCUCCAAUUUGUGUUGCCUCUUUACAAUCAAUGCACCUCCGGAAAAGAAAAUUAAUCUGACUUUUACCGAAGUUUCCGUCAAAGAGUGCUGUGAUUUUAUAACCGUAUUCGACGGAUUCGCCAAUCCGCUUCGGGUUAGUCUAAAUGGUUACGAUAGUCCAGCGGAUGUGAUCUCACCGUCCAGUCAAAUGGCGGUAAAGUUUUCUUCGAAUGAUGAAAAUAUUACAGAAUUUGAUGCAACUAAAUUAAGACCUGUGUCGAGAUGGCAAGCGACAUUUACCUUCGUAUGAAAUUGAAAAAUGUUGAAUUUUUACUUUGUGAUCGACUACGUAAUCCUAUUAAUUAAUUUUUAAAAAAUGUAAAAUAAAAGUGUUUUCAGUGAA